AGAGAAAUUAUUCAUUUAUCUGGAAAUCUUAGUCUUGUUGCCACGUUGCAUCAUCCGGAUAAUACAACAUCAAGCCGGAUUUCAACACCGUUUGACCAGAUUGUCGAGAUGGCCGCUUGGUUGUUGUGGGCCAGCAGCGCCGCCUGUGUCCUGCUGAUUCCGGUCCUUCGAUGGUUCUUCUCACCCGUGACUGUCGCCAAGCACUUCCUUGAGGCGUAUGACCCCAAGAAGCAAUGGACGUACCGCGAUCCGUCUGUCAUACCCUCGCGGCAGUACGUUUGGCGUCCUCCAUAUUCCUGACACUUUUUACAUGACUGGCAUUGGUAGGGUUGCCUUCCCAUCACUGAAAUCGGCGCCAACGUGCUACUUGACAGUCGUCGUGCCGGCCUACAACGAGUCGGAGCGCAUCUUACCGAUGCUGCAUGCGACGGUGGCCUACCUUGAGAAACGACGGGCGGCGGAUGCGCGGUUCACGUACGAGAUCAUCGUCGUGGACGAUUGCAGCACCGACUCCACCGUGGAGGUCGUGGAGCGCGAAGUCGAUCGCCUCGCCACUUCAACUUCGCCCUCUGUGCUCAAACUUCUCCGGCUGGACGUGAAUCGAGGCAAAGGUGGCGCGGUCCGCUGCGGCGUGUUGCGCGCGGCGGGCGAGCUCAUCCUCAUGGUGGACGCCGACAACGCCACCGAGAUCCAGGACUUCGACCAUCUUGAAGCGUUUUGGACCAAGGAUUCGUACCCGACCGGUUUGAUUGUGUGUGGCAGUCGCGCGCACCUCCAGGCUGAAGCCAUGGCGACGCGUCAUCCGCUGCGCAAUGUGCUCAUGCACGGGUUCCACUUGAUCGUGUCGACGUUGUGUGUGCAGCAGGUGCAGGACACCCAAUGUGGCUUUAAGCUAUUCGAUCGCAAAGCAGCGCAGCUCGUGUUUCCGCCGCUGCACAUUGAGCGCUGGGGAUUCGACGUUGAGCUCUUGUACUUGGCCUUUCAGCGCAAGAUUGCAGUGCAUGUAUGUCGUUUGCAAAACGUCUGCAACGGAAUGUUGGUUUUCACUCGGGGGAAUGAUUGUGUUUAGGAGGUGGCGGUGCAUUGGCAGGAAAUCGCAGGAUCCAAGCUGGACGUGGUAUCGGCUACGUUUAGCAUGCUGCGGGAAAUGCUAUUGAUCCCAUGCUGCUAUAAGGUCGGGAUCUGGCGGGUCGACGACGGCGCCGUGCGGCUCGUGUAGUUGAGUUGAAACCUAAAUGGAUAAUGUACCUACAUGAAAGUGUCCUGGG